CCGGUGCGGAGACGGCGGCUCGCUCGGCCGGGUCGGCGCUACCUGCGCUCCUUCUCUGCAGAAGCCCCAGCCCGGAGCUCGCGCUGGCGGCUGCUUCGCCUCGCUUGUGCCUGCGCUGGGCAAACCAUGAGCGCGCAGGAGCCCGCCGCAGCCGCCCCUUGCCUGGCUGCAUAGGAAGGAAGCGGGGACCUCCCUCCUCUUCCAGAGGAGACGCCAAGAAGAACGAGGUUUAAAUAUGAACGAAGACCUGGAGGUUAAUUUAACGUGGCUGCCUCGGGAUCACUUAGAAGCCGGUUCGACAGAGAACGUUUCGGCCGCUGUCACCUCUCUGGUUCCUGUGGGUGACCCUGAGCCUGAGUUUAUAGUAAACCCUUGGGACAUUGUUCUGUGUACCUCCGGGACCCUGAUCUCCUGUGAAAAUGCUGUGGUGGUCCUUAUUAUCUUCCACAAUCCUAGUCUUCGGGCCCCUAUGUUCCUCCUGAUAGGCAGCCUGGCCCUGGCAGACCUCUUAGCAGGGAUCGGAUUGAUCUUCAAUUUUAUUCUCGCCUACUUCCUCCAGUCAGAAGUGACUAAGCUGGUCACGAUGGGAUUGAUUGUCGCCUCUUUCUCCGCCUCGGUCUGCAGUUUGCUGGCCAUCACUGUCGACCGGUACCUCUCGCUCUAUUACGCUUUGACUUACAAUUCCGAGAGGACCGUCACUUUCACCUACGUGAUGCUCGUUUUGCUCUGGGGAGCUUCUAUCUGUAUCGGAUUGCUGCCCAUCAUGGGCUGGAACUGCCUCCACGACGAAUCCACCUGCAGCGUGAUCAGGCCGCUCACUAAGAAUAACGCGGCUGUCCUCUCGGUCUCUUUCUUGCUCAUGUUCGCUCUCAUGCUGCAGCUGUACAUUCAGAUCUGUAAGAUUGUGAUGCGCCAUGCCCAUCAGAUAGCCUUACAGCACCAUUUCUUGGCCACUUCCCACUACGUGACGACUCGAAAAGGAGUGUCCACUUUAGCCAUUAUCCUGGGGACCUUUGCUGCUUGCUGGAUGCCUUUUACACUCUAUUCUUUAAUAGCUGACUAUACUUAUCCUUCUAUAUAUACGUAUGCUACCCUCCUGCCGGCCACAUACAAUUCUAUCAUCAACCCUGUGAUAUACGCUUUCCGGAAUCAAGAAAUACAAAAGGCCCUCUGGCUCAUCUGUUGUGGCUGUAUCCCUUCUAACCUUUCCGCGAGAGCGAGAUCGCCCAGUGAUGUUUGAUAAAGUGAUGGUGGGGAGGGGGCGUUGUUCGUUUAGGCUUUGUGUCGUGUGGCUUUGCUGCAUUUCAUUACAUUGUACAUAAAUGCACACUCAGUCCACAGGAAGUAUUGGGAUCAAACGACAUCACCUUAAGUUGUUCCUGGAAGCAAAGUGAUCUUCUUGCCAACUUCUAAGCGUUGCUCAGGUUCUGUUGCUGUGCAGCUCGACCAGUUCCCCUCGAUCCAACAGUUUGUUUCACAGGCUUUUCCAUUCUUUCAAUGAAGGGGGUAGAGCUCUGCACAGAAAAUAGAUCUACUUUCUCCAUUUGGGUGAACAAGGAGUCCACUUGUGGUAGUGCUCUGGGUGUGACCUGGAGCAUGUGUGGUGCUCUCAAUCUGGGCAAAGUCUGCAACCCACAACCAGCUUUCUAUAGUUCCAUUGACAUCAAUAGGACUGUCUGAGAAUAAAUUAGUUGUGGAUUACAGUCUGUGUCUGUUUUAGGAUUAUUUCUGAUAUUGUAUUGUCAGAGGCUUUCACAGCUGGAUUCAACA